UAAAAGGUAGAAGAAGCAUUUAAGAAAAUGCGAUUGAUAUAAGACGCGUUUAACAAUUAUAAAAUUACCGAAAAAAAAGAAUAAUAAGCCCAUUGUUGGGAAUUUCACAACGCUCAGCCUAUACCCGGAUUUUCCGGCAUUAGUAUUUAAUUUGAUUUGUAGCAAAAAUGCCUUCUGUUGAAAAUGGACACCAAGAUGAUGGAGAGUGUGCUGCACAAAAACCCACACAGAGUGAGGAGGCACCGGCCUCUCCUUCGCCAUUAAAAGAUCGUAAGUCGAGAAGUCGCAGCAGAUCUGCAACGCCGAAUGAUGGCGAUGCCAACACUACCGGAGAAACUCGUUCAAGGUCUCGCUCACACAGCCCACCAGCAUCGCCAAAUACUUCGGCCGAAGAUGCCAACAAAAAUUUGAAUGAGUCCUGUGAGAGAGAACACUCAAAAUCUCCAAGCCGCAGUCGCAGCGGCACUCCUGUAAAUAAAGCAGAUGAGCGUAAAAGUCGCAGUCGCAGUGGUAGCGGUAGUCCUGUAAAUAAAGCAGAUGAGCGCAAGAGUCGUAGUCGCAGCAGAUCACGUUCGGGCAGUGCUUCCCCAAGCAGAAGAUCACGUAGUGGCUCACGUCGAAGUCGUUCUGGAUCACAUCGCUCACGUAGUGGAUCGAAAGGAAGUCGCUCCGGUUCUCGCCGCAGCCGUUCUGGAUCGAGACGUAGUCGAUCGGGUUCGCGACGCUCUCGCUCUGGCUCCAGAAGUGUAUCAAGACGCAGUCGUUCUGGUUCCAGGCGGUCGCGCAGUCGUUCGGUUUCGCGUCGCUCUCGCAGCGGUUCUAGACGUAGUCACUCGGGAAGCCGCUCAAAAUCACGCAGCCGUUCUGGUUCCCGUAGAUCUCGUUCGGGAUCUAGGAGGUCGCGUUCCGGUUCAAGGCGUUCAAGGUCCGGUUCGGGUUCUCGAUCACGUUCGAGGAGCCGUUCCAAAUCUGGUUCACGUUCUAGGUCACGCAGUGGUUCCCGGCGUUCUCGUAGUGGCUCCCGUCGUUCUCGCUCAGGGUCACGAAGAAGUCGUAGUGGUUCUGGUUCAAGGUCACGUUCGCGUAGUGGCUCACGCCGCUCCAGAUCUGGCUCCAGGCGUUCUCGUUCGGGAUCCAGACGAUCAGGUUCGGCAGCCAGUCGCUCUCGAUCCCGUUCUCGAAGUGGUUCGCGGUCAAGAUCACGUUCGCGUAGUAAAUCUGGAAGUAGAUCCCGCUCACGCUCAGUGUCAAGAUCUCGUUCACGCUCCAGAUCUAAGUCAAGGUCUAAAUCACGUAGUGGUUCUGAGUCACCAGCCAGUAAAUCGAAGAAAUCUGCAAAGCGAGCUCUGCUCAGUGACUCUGAAGGAGAAGAUAGACCUUCAUCUGCCAACAAAAAAAGAGCCAAAAUAACGGAUACAGACAAUGAGGAAGAAGAUGAGGAAAAAUUAAAAGACGGCGCCGAAGGAGGAGCUCAGGGAGAAGCUCAUAAAGGCGCAGAUAGUUCAGAUGAUGAAAAUAUACCUUUGGAUAGAGACAGAGAGAAUGAUAAUUUCAUGUCUGACUUUGAUGCCAUGUUAUUGCGAAAGAGAGAAGAGAAGCGCACAAAACGUCGCAAGCGGGAUAUAGAUUUAAUUAAUGACAAUGACGAUCUUAUCGAUCAACUUAUAAUGAGUAUGAAAGGCGCUUCCGACGAAGAUCGCCAAUUGAAUGUGCAAGGCAAGCCAGCAUUUAGAAAAAUUUCAAUGCUCAAGCAAGUCAUGUCACAGUUAAUCAAAAAGGAUUUGCAAUUGGCAUUUAUGGAACAUAACAUACUCAAUGUUCUGACCGAUUGGUUAGCUCCAUUGCCGAACAAAAGUUUGCCUUGCUUGCAAAUCAGGGAAAGUAUACUUAAACUAUUGGCAGAUUUUCCACCCAUUGAUAAAAGUUAUCUAAAGCAAUCGGGCAUUGGCAAAGCUGUCAUGUAUUUAUAUAAACAUCCAAAAGAAACUAAAUCCAAUCGCGAUCGUGCGGGACGUCUCAUAUCGGAAUGGGCACGACCUAUAUUUAAUUUAACCACAGAUUUUCGAGCUAUGUCGAAAGAAGAACGUCAAGAGCGUGAUCGCAAUACAAUAAGACAACGCAAAAAGACGCCAGAACCCGAACCCUCAACUUCCAAGAAAAAGAAAGGCAUCAAUUCAGCAUUUGCCAAAGCUGAAGAAGAGAACACUUUAAGACCCGGCGAUCCAGGUUGGGUAGCAAGAGCCCGUGUACCCAGACCUUCAGAAAAGGAAUAUGUCGUUCGGCCAAAAUCCACAGUAGAGGGUGAAAUAUCAACAACAACCAAACGCAAACCAAACCGCUUUGAGAAGCAUAUGAAGAAGUUCUUAGAUGCAAAACGUCUAAAGGCAAGCAGCCGACGAGCCGUUGAAAUUUCCAUUGAAGGCCGCAAAAUGGCUUUGUAAACAGACUGUGGUAUAAAGUUUGGCCAAGAGCGAUCGAGAGAGAUAAUGUGAAAGGAGUAUAAUUUAUAUCUUCUUUUUUUUUAGUUUUUCAAAUGUCUUUGAAAUGCAGACUACUCUUGCGUAUUCUUUUCCUAUAUUUUUUUUAUGAAAAUUCGUUUGAUUUCAAAUCUGUGUUUCAAAAGAAAACGUAUUUAUAAAUCUAGUAAAUAUAUACUUAAAUAUAUAAUAAAAAAACAACUUAAACAAAA